CAUCAGCUCAAGUGAGGAUCUUUGCCCAGACAGCAAGCACAAAUGCCAUGCUGAUUCUGAUUCUCUCUUCUCUCUCUAGAGAUCUAGAGAGAGAGGGAGAGGACAUGAUAUGGUGAGGACGAAAGAGAGAGAGAGAGAGAGAGAGAAAGGACUGAAUCAAAUCAAGAUACAGCCCCCAAAAGGAUCACGAUGUAUCUGUGACUUCCUUCAUUCAUCUUCAUUCAUAUCAACCCUUUCUCUCUCUCUCUCUCUCUGCCUGCGCGUGUAUAAAUACCGAGGAGUAACUAAUGACAGUACCCUCAUACAAAUCCUGUGAGCAAUGUUCUUGUGUGUUGUUCACGUCCCCUCCUUCCCGCUCAUUUACUGCCAUUCCUGGUCAGAGGAAAACCUUCAUUGGAUCUCUUGCAUUUAUUGUUCUCCGCAAACCCCACUCCUUUAAUACCUCCCCUCAUUCCUUCUCAAUCUUUCAUCCCCUCCCCUGUUUUCGUUUCCCGUAAAAGAUACUUUCUUCUCUUUCUCCUUCGUCUUCUUCUUCAAUGGCGGACUACGGAGACGAACCCCACGUCCUGGCCGUGGAUGACAACCUCGUAGACCGCAAGAUGAUCGAGGCCUUGCUCAAGAACUCAUCCUGCAGAGUGACAACUGCAGAAAAUGGGAUGCGAGCCUUAGAAUAUCUGGGUAUAAGAGAUGAUCAGCCCGGCGAAUCUUCAGUCUCUGCAACUACAUCGAAGGUCAAUCUGAUAAUUACAGAUUAUUGCAUGCCAGGAAUGACAGGGUUUGAGUUGCUGAAAAAAGUUAAGUUUGACCUAGCAGGGAUCGUCAAUCUUGAAGGAAGUUCCUGUUGUAAUCGUGUCGUCCGAGAAUGUUCCAACUCGGAUUAACAAGUGUUUGGCCGAAGGAGCUCAGAUGUUCAUGCUCAAGCCUCUCAAAGCGUCAGAUGUAAAGAAACUCAGGUGUCAUCUAAUGAAUUGCAGAACAUAGACAGACAACGGGGAAAUUUCUUUGACCUUGUUUUUGUGAAUUAGAUUAGGGAAGAGAAAAAUCUAACCCAAACCAAGAUGUAAGCUCGUUGCGUACCAAUCAGGCCUUACGGAGUCAAAUUGGAUGCACCCGGUGUGCUUUGAUCUUGUACUUCUCUGGAAAGUCAUCCUCUAUGUUAGCUAGUUCAUUUCGAACGAUAUAGUUUUUGUCAGGAUUCCAAGGAAAGGCGGUGUCUUCUGUGAAGU